AUGGUAACAAUUGGCCAACAUUUUUACCCUGGAGAUGAUGCUGCACACUGCAACCCUGACAGGUGCUGGCGCUACAACAACAGAAGCCUUGCAUUCUUGGAACAGCAGCUGCAAAAGACCGCAUCGGUGCAGAAAUUCCAGCAUGUGCUGAGGGAGGCGAAAGGAGCACUGAUGGGGACAAGACAGCGUUUGUGCUAUGAAAGACUUGCCAAGGCGAUGCAGAUCAGAAGGUCUCUGAUCCAACACCACACCAGAGCAUUCAACGUGAAGAAAUUCUUCACUCCCAGUGAGGCACAGUGUGGAGUCGAAGAGAUCUGUGGUGCCAUCAGAGAAUUCUUGGAAAUGUUCAGCCUGCAUGCGUCAGGUUUGGAAGGCAGGGUUCCUCAAACAGACAUCGAUGAUGACAAGAGGACUUUGGGAGAGUACCUUGGUUAUGUUCUUGGUCUGUGUACUUGCAGUUUUGAGGGUGUAUCUGCUGUUGUCAAGGAAGAAUGGAAACGCUCCAGACAAGAAUACAACCUACAGAUGAAGAGAUUCCAGACAAUUGCUGAUGAUGAAGUGGACAAGGGCCAAGACAUAUCCAGGGUUUUGUGUAAAUGCAGGUGGAGGGGCAGAGAAUUUGCCUUCAAGCAGUUUUCAGAAGACAAUGAAAGGAACACUGUACAACUUGCCCAAACCUUUGGCGAAGCGGCUUGCAUGGACUUGUGUCACAGCUCUCCUUUUGUUGUAGGGCUUUUGCGGGUUACCAAUUCGGGGAGUUUGCUGAUGGAGUUGGGUGAGGCAGAUCUGGUAACUUGGCUCAAACGCAAUCAGCCAGCAGAUGUGAAGUUGAAAUUGCAGUUCCUGUUGCAGGCAGGUUCGGGGCUAGCCGAUGUGCAUUGUGAGGAAUUUGUGCAUUGCAAUGUUAAGCCUGAGAAAUUUGUCGUUUUCAGUGGUGGCGAUGUGAAAAUCAGUGUCUUGAACUCGAUGGUUGCAAGCACCCAUGCGACUUGCACAAUCACGUUAGAAGAUAGUGAUGCUGUGUGGGUUGCUCCAGAAAUACUUCAUGGACUGCCGCACACUUGCAACAGUGACAUUUACAGCUUCGGUGUUGUCAUGUAUGCGAUCAUGGCAGAAACACAGCCAUACGGGAGGAACUGCACUGCAGCUGUGGUGCUUGACAAGAAGGUGGAUGAGCAGCCUCCCUGCGAUUUGCCUUGCACUCUUCCAGCAAAUCUGGUGAAGCUCAUGUCAGAGUGCUGCUCAGCUGAUCCUGCCAAAAGGCCGCCAUCAAUGGAUGCUGUGUGCACGCGCUUGCAAAGCAUCCUGGAGGACUUGACGAUAUCAGGAUCUACAUUGAAUCUCAAGAACAUGGCCUUGAAGGAGGCUCAAGCCCUUGGGGAACCAGAGUACGAGCUCCCUGGUGCAAAGUACAACAAGGAAAUUGUGGGAUUUUUGAACCAACAGGUGCAAAAAUAUCAUGAAAUGAGCAUUCCAACAUCGCCAAAGGAAGAUAUUUUGCUUGCUGGUGAAGUCGCACUGGAGACAGGGGAGAGGCUCAUUGAGAAGCACAAAAAGCGGGUUGAUAUAAAAACUUUCUACCAGUCUUUCGAAGCCAGAGAUAUAGUGGAAGACGUGUGUGAGAGAAUUUUUCAGGUUGUCAGACAUUUGGGCAAGGAACCUGAAGUCACAGUUGAGGUGAAAGUGCCACGGGCAGCGUAUGACAGAGACAGGCAUAGAAUGUCGAUGCUUCUAAAGUAUGUUCUCCAGGGAGAGGAGCCAAAGGGAGAUUUUGACAUUCCUCAGGAUUGGAAGGCAAGCAGACAAGAGCAUGAGCAGCGCAUACAUGACCUACCGCCAACUGACGAAAUUGUGACGGAAGACCUCCACAAAGUAGGCACAGGUAGUUUCAGUAAAGUCUCUUCUGUUGUCUGGUCGGGAAGACUUGUUGCUGUAAAGGAGAUCGUUGGGAAGGAUGGGAUCGAAGACAUUGAAAAUCGUGCAGAGUCUUUUAAAGACAUUCUGUACCAGAUACCCCUUGACGAAGAGCACGUUGCUAAGGUGUACGCCAUUAGCAAGUCAGGACAGCUGCUGGUAUGCCCAGCCUGUGAUCGUGUUCCACUAGCUAUGGACUUGGGGUGGUUGACAGUGGCUGUUUCAUUAGCUCAGAGUGGGCAGUACCACACUAAAUCCGGGAUUGUUUGCAGCAGCAGUCCAAGCUGUGCUGUGGGCUGCGUUCCGGUACCAGGGAAUGAGCUAUCCGGCAGUUCUAUUGACCCUAUUCUGCCGAACUUCGAAUUCGGCUUUUUGAGCCAUUUGCACAGCGCAUCGCCGUCUGCUGAAUCCUUGCCACACCAAUUGUCGUACGUCGCCUUGAGUGCCAUUGGAUGCCCUGCAGCCAAUCGUACCGUCUUUCUGAUUGAAGAAAUACGAAAGAAAAAGCUGAAUCUUCUAGGGUCUGACUCAGGGUGA